AUGGCAAACAAAACACUGCCCUCAAUUUUGACAGAGGGGCAGCAAUACUUAGUUAUCGAACAGGCACUUAUAAGAGCUGGAUAUGACCAUGAUGCCAACAUCGAAAAUCGCCCCAAAACUACUCAUGGUUCGUUCAUCUUCCCCAUGCUAAAUGCAUCGAUAAGCACACCUGGAGGGGGAUUCUAUGGCGGUGACAAUGAUAACCACAAAGGAGCAGAUCGCUACUCUAUUGAAGGAAAUGGAAGCAUUUUUAGUAAAGAGAACAGGACAAGUGGUGUAGCAAUAGGGGCGUCCAGCAUGAAUGGUAGUGUAACAUGCCAUAACAUAAACGGAGGCCUACAGUUGUAUUCACCCAUCUCUGCAGGAUCGUUCACACAUAAAAUAUAUGCCAACACGGCUCGAUCGAGCACUAGCAGUAUGCUUUCGAUCGGCCGACAGAAAUCGGAGCCACCCGUCUCUAUUCUUCCACAUUAUAAUUCACCUUACGAAGCAAUGUUUUUCAACCAGCCAGAUACGAUGCAUUUUAUUGGAAAGGAUCUUCGAAUUGGAACCAUAUGUAUUUCUAUGAGGCCUAGCCAGGAUGCAAUGCGCUUCCUUGUUCGUACAGUUCUUAAAUUCACUUGCGUGGAUGUUCUGGAUAGUUAUCGAGCUACCGCAGAGUUUGAGAAAUGUCAAUCAUUGUAUACGAAGAAAAAUGAAAUUCUACCAAUGCUCCAUGUUGCACUACAGCAAUGCUUCGAAUCUAUCCCAGAGGUCGAGGUGAAACGUCACCAGGUAGUUCAGCAUCAGUCAGCGACUGAUCAUUCUGUCUUUGUCCUGGAUGAUUCUGGUUGGUUGCAGAGCCCACGAUAUAUCGCAAACUUAGUUCAUGGUCUAGAGGAAGUCCGACAGGAAGGAUUCGCGUUUGUGCUCAAAAACCUGGAAGCGCAGAUGCGACCAGCUGCGGUAUCCUUGGACAUCGUGAUCCCUAAUAAAGACGAGUCACUUACAGCUGACGAUCAAGAGCAGUUUUGGGCCUUUUUCAAUGGGCUGGGCGAGCACAUUGAAGCUGAAACCUAUUUGCCUAAUGUGUCCAAGCAUACCUUCAUUUUGCCGUCAAUGAUUGCAGGGGACAAGAGCGAGGGGCAACGUCUGAGUGCUUUGGCAGAGUUAAUCGAGACAGAAACCAGUUACAACAAGCGAAUGAAUGAUCUUAUCAGUGUAAUUAAACAAGGGGCUUACUGCGUCUAUAAAGCACGCCACAUCCGUUUGAUAUACUUAAAGGAGGCUCGCUAUGCACUCACAGCACUCAGCCCUCCGCUAGGCAAGUAUGAGAUUCGAAUGAUUUUCUCCAACAUCGAACAGAUUGUUGCAGCCAGUACUGAGUUCCUGAAAGACCUGAACGGAUAUCAAAAUCACAAAACGAAUGAAGACAAAAGCUUAGGAGAGAUCUGCCGUAAGAACCUUCAAAACAUGCAAUGCUAUAAGCACUAUUUGAUGCGUUAUAAACGAGCACAAGAGAUACAUUUGGCCUUAAGCAAGAAGAGCCAAGCGUAUAGAGCAUUCCAGGAAAGAUGCAUUCAUACCACUGGAAUACAGACGCUGUCUAACCUCUUGGUUGAACCAACUCAACGUAUUGUUAAAUAUCCGUUGCUUUUCAAAGAUUUACAGAUAUUGACAAAAGAAAACUAUUAUGAUAUCGCUUUACAACGUUUAAUAGCUAUAUUAUCUGGGACGAAUAAAGAUUCAGAGGACGUAGAUGGUCUUCGAGAAGCAGCCCAUAUUGCAUCCGAGAUUGCACACAUGGAAAAAGCAAAACCCGAGCAAAGAGCAGAGAUGCUGUUCAACCUUCGAAGUAUCAUUGAAAAUUGCCCAGAUUCGAUUGUCAACCAGAAUAGGAGCAUUAUAUCUUAUAUGGAUGGGUUCGAGACCAACCUGCUGACAGGAGAGAGGGGCAGACCCAUCACUCUAAUUCUUUUCUCGGACAAGAUCAUGAUCGUACGACGACCUAGUACUUCAAGUGGUGAAGCCUUAUUUCACUUAAAAGAAGAUGAAGAGCAACGGAAGCAGAAAGAGAGAGAGGAAAAAGAACGUGAGAAGAAGAGCAAGAGGGAUGGCAGGAAUGAUACAGAUGGUUGCAAUAAUGGUGGUGGUAUUCAUGGAGGUUCGGUUGUAUCAAUACCAGGACUUCAGCUUUUGAGAAAGGAUUGGAAAUUCAUGGGCUGGAUGGACAUUCUAAGGGUCAAGGUCGCUGUUGUUGAACAAACUGAUCCUGAGGGUUUAUUCUGUAUCACAACAAGAAAUUACGCAGAAAAUAAGCAAGAUCUAUGGGAGACAACACGCGGCAUCAUGCCAGAAGGAUUGGAUAAGAGAGAUACUUUCAUAUCCAAGUUCUAUGAGACGCUGUCGUUAGCCAAGGCUACGUUUACCGCUCAGAAAGCCGAAUCUACAUCCAGGCUCCAUGUGGGGGAGCUUGAGCUAUAUUGCAACGUCUUCACAGAAAGCCAGUAUCGUGAUUUCAAAUUCAAAGGCGACGUCGCACUGUUUUAUACGUGCUUGUCGCAUUAUCCUGCGGAUGUAGCGCCUUUUACAACAUUACCGGCGUUUGUGGGCAUGAUACAGACUGCUGCAUAUUCUUCUUCCAGCACACAACCUGAAACUGCUGUUGGCCCAAGAACAUGCGGAUUUCGCGCCAUACUAAAAAGUAAAGCAAAUCUGAAUGGUGCAGGGGAUGUGUUCUCAGUUGCUAAAGAAACUAGUCAUUUUCUGGACAUGGAUACAUUCCAGACUCACAUUGCCGAACUUGUCGCAAACCUCCAGUGGACUGUAUACAGCUUUAGUCCAUACCAAAGUGCCCAACUUCAUUUUAGUCGAGUCUACAUGGAUACAGAUUACCUCUUCAAGGCCGCUGGUGCAUCCUCAAAGAGCACGUCCCUGCGGAGCAAAAGCUUGAAAAAGAUCCGUGACUCUGCAUCGGCUGUUGCAGCAUGGCCAUCAUCGCCAUCAUCAUUGGGACAACAACACCGAUAUAGUGGCUCCUUCUCUCCCCUGGCAAGCCCUCAUGAUACCCAUAGUAUACCCAGCUCCCCAAGUUCAUAUAAUCUCAGCAGUGCUUUAGGACGCAGCAACAGCAUCGUUGGUAUUCGGAAUAGUAGCCAUGCUAUUGGUAAUGAGCCAAGCCAACAGGAGCAGCAUGAUAAUCAGAAGCAUGAUUCACCUGUGUCAAUGAACAAGCGGUUCUCAAUGCCGACAAUCAUGAAAAAAUACCCUUCAGACAGCAAUAAAAACUACGACAAUACAGACAGAGGCAGCGGCAGCCCUCAUCCGCAGAGACAAGGUCGACCUUUACACCAUCAAUCGCAAUCAUUUGCAGAGAAUACGAUAAAGAACAGCGUCUCGGUGAUAAGUCUUCUCCUUCCUGGAUCGGGCCGAAAGAAAGGCCUCAUAUCUUCCAUGUCAUUUAAAAAUGGAGGAGAUAACAAAGGAGAAGCAAAGGAGAAAACAAAGUUUUUGGAGACCCUGUAG